AUGGUCAGGUGGUAUCCGGAAGCACCGGCAGAUAAGCGUGGAUGGCGGUAUGCUAUCUGGAAGAAGCGGAUGAUGCUGAGUAGUACCCUCGGGUUCUCCAUGUUGCAGACUUGGGAGACUGUCCUUGUUUUAACACUCCUCUUCGCUCUUACCCUCAUCUUCUGGCUCUCCGUCUUCAACCUCUACCCCCGAUACUUUGCCUACCUCUCCCGCCGUUUCUCAUACUACGUCUUCGAAGACGAGAAUGCCAGUCUGAGUGCGGCGCUGAGGGAAUGGGCGAGGGAAGGGGUCAGGCGGGUAUUGGGAUCAGGAGCGGCGGCAGGGGGAAAGGCGAAGGUAUUGGCUGCGGGGGAGCUAUGA